AUGCAGGAGCAACAGCUCAAACCGGUGGUUCUCAUGGCAUUCAUUCGUGGUCUUCGUGGAAAUUCAAUCGAACUUGCACGUAAGGUUCGGAAUGCCAAUCCCCCCACCCUGGAGAAGGCGUUGCAGAAGGCGCAAUUUAUCAUGUCGGAUCCUUUCAUCGAUGAAUCUGAACGACCAGAGCAAGACGCUAUGCAACAUGAGCUGGCCGCUAUUGGUAAUAUGGAAAGACCGGCAGCAGCUUAUGAACAAAAUGGUGACGACGUGGAGCCUACGGUAUCAUCAUCCUCAUCAAAUGUCAAUUCUUGGCUAUCUCCUGAAUGGAUGGAAAAAGUUGUGAGCGCCAUUGCCAAGACGCAGAGGAAAUGUGGUUACUGUGGUAAGGAAGGCCAUCUAGAGUCUGAAUGCUUCAAGAAGAGACGAGAUCGUAGAGGACAAGCACUCUCAACUAUUCCUAAGAGAGCAGAAGGUCCGAGACUACGACAAGAGUAUCCUCGAACUCCCGGUGCUACGUGUGGUUAUUGUCUGAAACGCAACCACACUGAGGAGCAAUGUCAAACAAAACGACGUGCGCUCGAGCGUAAAGGCCGUCCUUCUCCAAGUGCUACAUCGAUGCCUUCGAACGAGGUGAAUAUUGUCAGCUUAGAGACUUGUCAUGGUAACACCACGCCCCUACCGGACUCUUGCACGCUGAGUGUGGCACUUGAGGCAUGUGGGUCGUCAGUACGAACUGAAGCCUUGAUCGACAGCGGGUCUACUAUAUCUAUCAUUGACAUGGACACCUUAUCGAGUAUGUUAACUUCUCUCACAGUUGACACGGAGGAUACGCCUGUCUGCAAGACGGCAGAAUGA